UAGCGUGACACCUCUCUCCGUGGGCAUCCUCAAUAUGGCCUUCAAGGACUUCCAGACAUCUUGCUGCAGGCCAAUGAAGGGGGGUUUUUAUCUCUAACACUUGUAUUAUGAGAUUUCUGAACUGCAGUUGUUCACCUCAAAACAGUGUGAAACUUUUCAUUGCCUGUUCUUUGUAAAUGAUGAUAUGAAGACAAAGAGGGCUACAAGUAUAAUUGUAUGUUCAAGCAACACUGAGCCAGAAGGACCAAUUACAGGAUCGGACUGUCUUGAAAGAGCCCAGAGGUCUCUAUUAAAUUUUGUCCCUUUUGCAUUUACGCGCAUGAUUCAAGGAACCAAGAGAGACGCGCGUUAUUACCAUGGAAACCAAAGCCCUCCACGCUGAAGACGACAGUUCCAUCUUAUACACGAACAUCAACACGCGGCCUGACUUUGGGUGCCUAGCCAACGGCAAACCGAUUGCUGGCUGCUUACACCGUGACGACAUCGACGGAGGCUGUGUCCGUUUAAGUCAAGCUCCGCUCAGCUUGCAGCAUUCCAUCUCGCCGGGUAUUGACGGAGCCUGACAGCGGUGAGAUUGCGAUGCGAACAUAGCUUGAGCAUCGCAUACAAUUUUCGUCCUCUGAGGCAAUGUCCGUUCCGUGCCAGGCUGGCAUGCCCGUUGCACCGCCCGAACUACCCACCGUUCAACCGGACCUGGUCAGUAAUGCUGCUGGGGACGCACAGGGCUGCUGCAGGCAACCCGCCGGUCCAGCCGGGCCGGACAAGCUGGACGGAUUGGACCUGGCUGAGGUGAUCACCAGCAUACCACUGGCUGGUAGCAAUGUGCCUGCUUCGUCUCCGGCAACAUCAGUCCAUCCAAAGAAUCUGGACAGGGGAUGGGCGUGGCUGAUCAUGAUCGCCGCCCUCUUUACCCAUAUCCUGACGUUUGGAAUGAGCUAUGCCACCCUCGGGGCGUUCCAUGUUGAACUCUUGAGGGAGUUUGGUGGGACGAACGCCGAAACGUCAUGGACGGGCUCCAUUAUGCUUGGAAUGAUGCUGUGUUCAGGUCCCAUGAUUAGUGUCUUCAUUGACAAGUUUGGUGCAUGCGCAGUGGCUGUAGUAGGCGGGGCCUUGGCAUCAGCGGGUUUUAUUCUCAGCGCCACGGCAACGAGCCUAAUUCAUCUUUACUUCUCGUUUGGGGUACUUGCUGGUCUUGGUUUCGGAAUGAGCUAUCUUCCAUGUAUCGUCAUGCUGGGAAAUUUCUUUGAGCGGCGGCGAGCGUUUGCGGCGGGGAUCUCUGCAUCCGGCUCGGGUCUGGGUACAUUCAUCUUCGCCCCGGUCAAUCAGAGCCUCCUGGCUAACCUCGGGUGGAGGAAUUCGUUCAUCGUUCUCGGGGUCCUGGAACUGAUGCUGUGUCUCUGUGGAGCCACCUACCUAGCGAGAAAAAUCCCAGUGCGUGUUUCUGGGGCUGAAGGUGACAGGGACAUUAAUGUCGAUAACAGUGCCACUGAUGGCGAUGGAAUGGCCCAGGAACACACAGAGCAGACCGUGGCCAUUUUAAGCCGGCCAGAGACUGGGGCAAGCGCGCAGAGCUUGAACUCCCCUGUGGGGAGUUGGAAGCAGAGCAUCGGCGUCAAAGUGGGCAGGAGCGUGCUGCUGCAGUCACCGAGAAACUCGCCGGUGCCCGCCUCACCGUAUUUGCUGGACAGUUUCUUUGGGCUGCCGUCUCCCUCGGCAGCGAACAACGUCAGGGGACGUUCGCUCGCCAACAACUCUUCAUCUGUGGGCGAGUCAGGCAGCCGAAUCUCCCCUGCCGGGCCACUUCCAGCGAUAGAGAUCGUGCAUGCCUCCUCUCCUCCGUCACCAGUGCACAGCCCAACAGCUUACUCGCCAAAUCCGGGAGGAUUUACAAUUGGCAGCUGGCAGCAAAGCGUGAAUGUCAGAGCGGGUGUGAGCAGCUUCUUGCAGUCUCCGAUCACCUCUCCCACCGCUGGGUCUCCGUUGGCUACGGACAAUUCCUUUCGGGAUAACAACUCUAGAUUGUCGGUGCCUUCGGCUCUGGAGGCGUCCCAAGACCCUUCGGCUCCAGGAUCCCUGAAUCAGUUACCAACAACCACUCUCCUCGAAUGCCUUCCCGAGGAGGAAAGGUUGUACCCAGUGUUGGGUGACCUCACAGACAACGCUUCUGGAGUUUCAGUCACCUCCAUCGAAGCAGGACUCCGAGAUGAUCUUGAGGAAGGCAGUUCUCAAAAAGACACAGAUAACGAAGAUGCAUCUAACGUCACGCCCACAAGAAACUGCCAAGAGUGUCUGAGCACGCUGACGACUAUUGGCGGUCUGUUCCGCAACCGGUUCUUCGUUUUCUUCUGGUUUUCGGGUUUCAUUCUGUGCAUCGGCUACCAGCUUCCAUACAUGUACUUCAAAGCCUUUGCCUUGUCCCGCGGCUUGGAGCAAGACGCUUGGGCCGUCAUAUUAGCUGUCAUGGGUAUCACGGACACAGUGGGUCGUCUGGUUGUCGGGUUCAUCUUCGACCGUGUCAUGUGCGUCUCCCACCGCCUGAUGGGAUACGUGGCUUCGCUUUUCAUCUCCUGCUUCUUGCUUGCAUUGAUGUCGACCGCAUCCACGUACUCCACCCUUGCGUUGACAGCGGCCACCUACACGCUUGUGGCCGGGUCAACAGACCCGCUGGUGCCUGCUCUCCUCGUUGAGUACGUUGGUUUGGAGUCGUUGGGCUACUCCUUCGGACUGGUCAUUGAAAUGCAAGGACUGGGCUUUCUGGUAGGACCACCACUUGCCGGUUUUGUGUACGCGCACAUCCAAGACUACUCGGCUGUCUAUGUGGUUGGAGCUAUUGCCUUUCUGGGCAGUGGUGUGGUGUUGCUGCUGGAACCGAUCUUAGGGCGCGUCCAAACUUGGCGGGAAAGGAGCCGGCACAACAACUCCGUGGAAUCGCCGGUUUCCGUGGAAAUGGCACAACUUGCAGCUUGAAUCACUCCGAGACAUCCGAUGCAGAGCUGAAGAAUUGCAACAACUGGCGCGCCACGGACACAAAAUGGUUUACAGAGCAUAACAUUGAGUAUAUGCAAUAUAAUUGACAGCACAUCACCGCAAUUCUCCAUUUUGUGUCCAGUGUCAUAAUUUGUCGCAGCUCUAUCCUCUAAUAUGACUGUGCUGAAACACGAAUAGUGCAACUAAAUCUGAAGAGAGUCUGUCAGUUAUUAUUAUCCCCGAGUGAAAAUCAAAUUUCAGAAAAAAAUCAACUGCACGCGAAUGACAUAUCGCACGGAUGCGAGUCAAAGGGAUACAUCGGGAACUAUUCAAAUGAAAAAAACACCUGGCCGACUGCUGUACAACAGUUAGUCCCGAUUCAUGUCCGUGAAUCACGUGAAUACAUCAACUCGAACUUCACGUGACCCCGUAUUUUGAAAAUAAAGUUUGCUCUGUUGAAGAAGCUGCAAAAAAUAUUGCCCUUAUAAUAUGUUUAAAAUCAUGGAAAACGUAACUGUUACUAGUGUAACAGGAAAUGUCUUAUAAAAAAAAUCAUUUGUCAGUACAGAUAGCUAUCUGCAAGAAAGCUAACUUUUACAAACCCUUUAAACUGGUAUAUGAAAUAAAAAAAACGCGUCAGCACGCGCCUAGUUAACUAUCUUUAUCAAUGCCCAAAGUCUUCACGUAAAACGGAUCCGUUAAAUGCGCACCAAGAGUAAUCUCUCGCAAAUUCUACUGUCACUGUUAGUCCACCAAGAAGUUUAUGAUGAUUUCAGUUUUCAACACUGCUCACAAAAUGCGGUCUCGGUGACAAGACCCCAGCAUUAUGCAUGGAACUCCAAAAAUGAAGACAGCAUGCAUAAAAUGUCUUGAGUGAUUUUUCUUUUUAUUUUAAGAGAUCUUAUUUUUAUACAAAAGAAAAAACAAAAAUCGAUCGACAACGAAAACAUAUCACUACGAUUUUCAAAAGUUAAUCAAAUUUCAAAUGACAAAAAACGAACGCUUAACAAUACAGUCCUCAUGUGAUGUACAUGUA